AUGAUCCUGCAGGAAUUAUAUGCCUGUUUACGCAUCUGGAAGACACAGGAAAGGCUGCCAAAAAGCAUGUGGAUGCAGAGGGGUGUACAGAUAGAGUUGCAGUUGCGCAGAUAUCUGAAACGAGCCAAGUGGACACCGGAUACAGAAAAUGCUCUUCCUCUGUGUUUGGCUCCUAAUGACAAGAAGUACCAAUACAAAUUCUACACCAGAAGUCAAUUAGGAGGGGACAUUUCCACCAUAGUUCGUCCAAGAAGGAACAUGUUAACAAAAGAAGACAAGAAUAUCGUAAACGAGGCAAUUCGAUCAAAUUUGCAGAAACUUCCCCAAACCACAUUAUACAAGAUGUCGAAGAUGGAGUUUUGGAAAAACGAUGAUGUGUUCCAGGCAACCCUUAAAACUACACCAAGAAGGAGCAAAAUUGUCCUUGAAGCUAUUCUGAAGGAUGUUGAUGAUACCAUCGCGGAUGGCGCAUGGAGAGAUGCAGAAGAAGAAGAGGAUGAGAUCAGUGAAGAUGAUACGGAUGCCAAGAUAUAUGUUAUGCGGUGGAUAAACCUCAACGGAGUUGCUGCAGGUGUUGUGUGUUUGUUGACUACUCUUGAAGAUCGUGAGGAAGCCGCAAAGCAACACGUGUCAAUUGAACAAUGCACCGACAGAUUUCUGAAGUUCGCCAAAUGGACACCUGACACUAAAAACACCGUAGAAUUGUGUAAGGCUCCUGGUCCAAAAAAGUAUCAAUAUAAGUUUUUCGCAAGAUUUAUGAUGGGUGGCUGCAUUUCUACAUUUACUCGUCCAUCCGAGAACAUUUUAACCCCGAAAGAUAAAAACGUAAUUGUUAGUGCCAUACUGGACAAUCUAGAGCAUCUCCCAAAUCCUACACUAUACAAAAUGUCUCAAAUGGAUUUUUGGAAGCAACAGCAACAGUUUCAAGAUUUGUGGAAAGAGAGAAGAGCCGGACUGGUAAAGAGUCAGAUUGUUGCGAUGUUGGAGGACCUGAGAAAUACAAUCCGGUCUGGAGCGUGGGAAGAAGCGGAGGAGGAAUGUGGCAACACAUCCGAUGAAGAUUAGAGGAGCUACAUUGAAGAUGGACACAAAUUAAUAAACACAUCCUAAAAUCAACUUAAUUAUAAUUUAACUGCGUCGAAUUUUAGUUUUAUUUAUUUAUCUUUAUCAAAUUAACACGUGAAUGUAUAUUUGUAUUUUAUUGCAUCACACAUGUUUAGAACCUUGACAUUUCUGUUUUCGUUUGAACAAAAAUUACAAUUUACAAUAAAAUUUCCAAACGUGUUAGACCCCUAUCUAAAUGGCUUACAUGGCUUAACUUUAAUUACACUAAACUCAAAAUUCAUUUAUUAAUAAUUUAGUUUUCAACCAAUCUACCACAAGGGAGAGAAACACACCCACUCCGUGUCUGAAUCUCACAAGAACAAGUUUCACGUUCAGGAAUUCCAAAAACACACCCACCCACAGAAACAAGAGUACCAAAAGUGGCUUCAUCCCAUCCACGCCGGUUGGGGACACGGAGGUGGACACUAAGGUGGACGCCGACGUAAUACUAAUUCUGAUUAGGAGUAAAAAGAUUGCCUUUCCCCACAACCACAAGAACACGAAUAAAUCAAGAUAUCAAGAUGGAGCUUUAUUAUUCCCUUUAAAUUUCGUCUCUGAAACAACAAUCCUACAACUACAAAUAUUUGCUUUAUUGAUGAUGAUCUACUACCCUGUAGGACAAGUGCAAAUCGACAAGAGUUGCAUCAAAUGCUAGUCAGUCUGAAACGGUAUUAUUUUCGCACAGAAAAAAAAUUACUAUUAUCUACAAGCAUGAAUACUUCUUAAAUCAUGUUGUUAUAUAAAUUUUGGAUUGAUUUUUUCUCAUCUUUUUCUUGACAAGUUUCUCAAUUAUGCUCAAUUCUUGUUAUGAACUAUAUCAACUAUCCCACGUUGCUAGCAGUAUUGACUUCUUAAUCGCUUUAUAUUGAAUUUAUCUACAUGCUUUUUUAAUAAAAGAUCA